GGCGUGAACCAGAGAAACGGGCCUGGGGAGAGACGUGCAGGGUACGGUGGGGCUGGACGGAAACCCGACGGGCCCAAAUCCCUGCGGCGUAGAAAGUUCGGAGGCACCGGUGAUUUGAGGCGGGGGCGGGGCUGGGGGAGGAGUCAAGCUGUGGGGCGCAAGGCACUAUGGGACACUGUGGACAACGUAGGGCAGGACGGAAGCCUAGGAGGGUCAGAUCGUAGCGACGCGGGAAGUCCGGACGCGGUAGCUGUCUGAAGAGGAGGCUCGAGUGGAGGCUGGGCCCGGGCGACGGCAAUGGCGGAGAGGCCAGAGGACCUAAACCUGCCCAACGCCGUCAUCACCAGGAUCAUCAAGGAGGCGCUCCCGGACGGUGUCAACAUCUCCAAGGAGGCCCGGAGCGCCAUCUCCCGCGCCGCAAGCGUCUUCGUGCUGUACGCCACGUCCUGUGCCAACAAUUUUGCAAUGAAAGGGAAGCGCAAGACUUUGAAUGCCAGUGAUGUGCUCUCGGCCAUGGAAGAGAUGGAGUUCCAGCGGUUCGUUACCCCGUUAAAAGAAGCUCUGGAAGCAUAUAGGCGGGAGCAGAAGGGCAAGAAGGAAGCUUCAGAACAAAAGAAGAAGGACAAAGACAAAAAAACAGAUUCAGAAGAGCAAGACAAGAGCAGGGAUGAGGACAAUGAUGAAGAUGAGGAAAGGAUGGAAGAAGAAGAACAAAAUGAAGAAGAGGAAGUGGACAACUGAAUAGGGUGGGUGACUGUGGUACCUUGGAAGGUACCAUUCUGAGACUUGCUACAUGUUUCUCUGAAGGUUUUCCCUGCCUAGCAGAGUAGUCUUGGGCAGAAGUACCUGAGAAGAUCAAAAUAAAAAUUGACUAGAAUUGUCACCAAAACCAGCACUUCCCAAACUCAAAGCAUCUGAGUAGCAGAAUCUUGUUUUGUUCAGUCUGAAGGUUAUGACUUUGGCAAGAGGGAUUCUGAAUGGCUAAUUAAAUUAGUCGAAUCACUCUUGUUUACUUAUAUGUAUGGUUAGGUCAUUUUUGAUCCCCAGUCCCCUGCUCCUCUCAAAAAGUAAUAACUUCCAUGCUGCCUGCUGUAUUCCAGAUCACAGAGGCAGCGAAGGCUCAGGAAAAUUGGGGCUUUGAUCAUGGUCAGCCUAUAUUUGAUUGUACAGUGUUUGGCAAUAGUAGCUUAGUAAGAGUAUUUGGAACAAUAAAGCUUUAUGAAACUACUAAAAA